CGGCAUGCUCCGCGGCUGCCCGCGGUCGAGAGCACUGGGGCAUCUUCCCGAGAGCGGCCGAUCCUCCGCGUCGCUGCACUGCGCACCCCGGCCGUCCGCCCCGUCGCCCCCGCCGCCCGCCCGUGCGUCCGAGCGGCCGCAGCCCUCCGCCGAGGGCGCCCCGGGACGGAAGGGUCCAGCAGCCUGCCGGCGCCCGCCGCGCUCGUGGUCGCCGUCGCCGUGGUCGUCGUGGUCGUGUCCGCCGUCGCCUGGGCCAUGGCCAAUUACAUCCACGUCCCGCCCGGCUCGCCCGAGGUGCCGAAGCUCGACGUGACGGUGCAGGACCAGGAGGAGCAGCGCUGCCGCGACGGCGCCCUGAGCCUGCUGCGGCACCUGCGGCCGCACUGGGACCCCCGCGAGGUGACCCUGCAGCUCUUCACAGAUGGGAUCACAAACAAGCUCAUUGCCUGCUAUGUGGGUGACACCAUGGAAGAUGUGGUUCUGGUGAGAAUUUACGGCAACAAGACUGAACUGUUAGUCGACCGAGAUGAAGAAGUGAAGAGUUUCCGUGUGUUGCAGGCUCACGGCUGUGCACCUCAACUCUAUUGUACCUUUAACAAUGGACUGUGCUAUGAGUUUAUACAAGGUGAAGCCUUGGACCCACAGCAUGUCUGCAACCCAGCCAUUUUCAGGCUAAUAGCUCGUCAGCUUGCUAAAAUCCAUGCUAUUCAUGCACACAAUGGCUGGAUCCCCAAAUCUAACCUAUGGCUAAAGAUGGGAAAAUACUUCUCUCUCAUUCCCACAGGAUUUGCUGAUGAAGACAUUAAUAAAAGGUUCCUAAGUGAUAUCCCAAGCCCUCAGCUUCUUCAGGAGGAAAUGACUUGGAUGAAGGAGAUUCUGUCCAACCUGGGCUCCCCUGUGGUGCUUUGCCAUAAUGACCUGUUGUGUAAGAAUAUAAUCUACAACGAGAAACAAGGUGACGUACAGUUCAUCGAUUAUGAGUAUUCUGGAUACAACUACCUGGCAUAUGAUAUUGGAAAUCAUUUCAAUGAAUUUGCAGGUGUCAGUGAUGUAGACUAUAGUCUUUAUCCAGAUAGAGAACUCCAGGGCCAGUGGCUGCGCUCUUACCUUGAAGCCUACAAGGAGUAUAAGGGCUUUGGCAGUGAAGUCACUGAAAAGGAAGUAGAGACACUCUUCAUUCAAGUCAACCAGUUUGCAUUGGCUUCUCAUUUCUUCUGGGGACUCUGGGCAUUGAUCCAAGCCAAGUACUCCACAAUUGAGUUUGAUUUCCUUGGGUAUGCCGUUGUUCGUUUUAAGCAGUACUUUAAAAUGAAGCCCGAGGUCACAGCACUAAAGAUGCCUGAGUAAAGAAGAGGCCUCCUUGUCCUCCAGGAGCUGAGCAGUGCUUGUGGAUGUUUCCUGAGAAAUUCCAAAAGCCAAGAUUUGUUAACACUCAUUUAAUUUGGUUAUCUUGCUUUACAAAUUAUGCCUCUAAACAACCAGUCUAUUUUUAAAUAGAAUGAUGUUAAAAAUCUGCUUACUGUUGUGAGUAUGCUGCAGGCUAGAGAUGUGUCCAUCAGUGGAAAGAGUGGAGUCGGCUUUAGCCUUUGGCAAUACAGUCCAUGUUACAUGUGAAUUAUUUAUUACAGAUUUGACAUGACUGACUGCUUUCAUCUCUUCAUUUGUUGGUUCAGUGUAUGCAAUGAGAAUGUUGUAGAAAUCUUUUAUAAGUUUUGUUAAUAGGGUUAAUUUUAGAAAAACAUUCUUGUUCAGUGUAACCUUUGUAAAAUGAAUCAUUUACUCUUGACAUGGCAGUCACUGCCUCGGUGGUAACUUAGGGUGUUCUAGAGAUUUCUAGAGAAGUGCCCGUCGAGGAGGGAGCAAGGCAGUCCCUGUCUCUAGGGUAUACUUUUUUGAAUUGGAAAUUGGAAAUAAUUCCUUUGAAGAAUACAACUUAGAAUUAAAUUGUCUCUUUACAUAGCCUGACAAUAUAAAAUAUAUUUACUGUAUAAUCCUGGAAUAUAAGUAUAACAAUUUAAUGUUAAAAUCUGUAUUAAGUCAUGUUUUAAAAUACUAGAUAUGGUCAUUGAAGGUAAUAGUCUCAGUUUUUAGAAUUUACCUAUCAAAUUGUUUCUAACCCAGAAUUUUGUUUAACUUGAGAGACUCUGUUUUUCUUCAUUAAAUAAUAGCUUAUAUUGUUAGUAUUUGAAACAAACAUACAGAGUUCAUCAUACUUGGAAGCAAGGAAUAUCAUUUAGAUGCUUUCUAUUCAGAUUCAUUCCUUAGGUUGGUUUUCUGUCUGUAGAGUCAGCAAAUGAUUGCUUAUACAUGUAAUUUCAGAGUAAUAUUGUUAAAGCAGUUAGAAGAAUCAGUAAGGAACAUUUAGGUAGGUCAUUGAGCUUGAAUACUUAAACUCUUAACAAAUAAGGAAAUGUGAAUUAAAUAGUAGUCGUGGUAGGAGGACUUGUUUAUCUUGUUUUUUGUUAGUCUAGUUUUUAUUUUUGUAUAGGUGGAAGAGGGAGGCAACUGUUAUAUGGAAGGAAGUUAGGUUUUUGAGGUAGACAAGAAGGCUUUAGUCUUUGAAGACUGAGCUUGAGCAGUCACAGCUAACUUAGAUUAGGCAGACAGGCUUUGCACUUUGGUCACUUAAGUGCUUUUGUACAAAGUUGGCUCCAUGGAUCUGCUUAUGUAAAGUAUGCAAUGCAGAUCUAAGACAUCGUCUGGUAUAUUGUCCACAUGACUUAUGUUCUCAGACAAGUGCUUUAAAAUACUUGGAUUGUCUCAUUGUAUUCAAAGCUAAUAAAGUAAGUAGGAACACUUAACAGCCAUGGCCAUUUGAGAUGGUAAAUUCUAGCCACUAAAUAGACUCCUAAGUAUGUGUUUCUAACAGUGUUAGACCUGGAUUUGGUUUCUACCUCCCCACUGUUGUAAUGUUCUUUUGUUUUUACGAACCACAUUACUGUAAGAUCAUUACAAUUCUGCCGACUUCCUUGAAUGGAAACAAAUAAUGACUAGCUCUUUUCAAUGUUAAAGCAAACCUACAGAAACUGGCUUAGUGGAAUUUUCAUUCGUGGUUGGAACAUUGUCAUAGAAUGAUAAAGAUGUGAGCCUCCUGAUUCUUUGCUUUCCUUCUCUCAAAAUUCAAGAGGAUGUGUCAUGUGAAAACACUGGAGAAGACAGUGUUUGCUAGUCUGUUCCUGUUCUUACCUGAGAGUGCUUUGAAUGGAGGCUCACCAUGCUACGGCUGCUGGUGGACUGCCUAGCCACCGGCUGAGACACAGUUGCCUAAGACUGCUGUGGCAGUGAAUGCAGCGAGGCUUCCUGGGUCACCCUGCCAGCAUGUAAGAGAUCUUGGGAAAAGACUAGCCCAUGUAAACUGUUGUCCCCAUUCCUUGGCCAGAUUUGGGUGCUCUGAUGCGCCUGCUUCCCAUACAGCUUUUGGGGAUCAUGGUGUAGACUAUCAACAGGUUUCAAAAUGUCUUUCCUUUGUAUUGACCAUGUAAGGGAUUCUAAAGAGGGUGCAUUGGGACAGCUCUGAAGAGCAUCCCUCUCAAAUGUGUCCUGUGGCUUGCUAGGAUAUCAGUUGCCUUCUUUUGUUAAGCUAAGGAACUUGAAUGCCUUACCUAAUCACUCAACUGGUGGUAAGCUCAUUUUGUAAAUAGGAAAGUGAAUGUUAGAAGUGGCAUUCAUGGAUGUUCAAUGUUAAUCAAUAGACCGUAGUGGCCUGGAUGCUGUAACAAGCAAAAUUCCUCAUUUCUGCCCUCUACCCUGAUCCUGUCUCCCUGGCACACCUGUAUGAUCUUGAACCUGACCAAUGAUAUUUGAUUUCCCUCCCUCUUCUAAUCCUGCGCUACCACCAUUUUUCCAGAAAUGAGAUGUGGUGGCCACAUUUUACUGUUGACAUGAUCCGCCUGAGAUCAACAUGAGCACAAACCUCAUCAACUAGGUCUGCCUGGAGUGUAAAUAGGACAGUGUAAAUAAGCAGCUGUAAUUAGUGUGAGUUGUGUCCUGCAUCCAAGAGUGUGUCGUUCUGCAUUCUCCUUUGUGGAAGUUUUUCUGUCAUUAGAUGAUCCAGCCUGUUGAUGUUUGGCUGGGAACAGUGCACACCUCCAGCUGUGCGGUGAGAUAGCAAGAACUGGAAGGAAGGUUUAUUGGGUUUAGUUAAUGUUGGUAUUUAUUUAUUUAGCCUCUCAGUGCCUAAUAAGACUUUUCUCCAAUUUUACUUAGCUAUUAAUUUCUUGUGAAUUAGAUUCUGGGAAGCAGUGAAUUUGUAAAGCUCAUUCUUUGAGUCACAAUUUGAAGAUAAAGGAAACUAAAAAUAUUAUUUGGUGUUUGUAAACAGAAGUGUGGUCCCCUUUUCUAUUUUCAGAGUUUGUUGACACUUUCAACAAAAACUUGAAAUUCAAUGUGAAUGUAAAUCCCAUCCGUACAAGUCAUAGGGCAAAUGGCAUCUCUUAGUUUGUCAGGUGGCUUCUUUGGAGUAGUUCAGUUUGGGAUUGUGAGAAAAAGGGGUCUUUUGUGACAACCCCCCCCAUGUUUGUUUUAACUUUAUGAGUUUAGACUUUAGACUUAAAGAAUUCCCCAAACACUCUAAAGAAACGUUAGAAACCUCUACUUUAACAGUACUCAGUUUUCUGUAUUAAGCAGAAGCUGCCUGUACCUCUUGAUCUCACUAGCUGAUGUAUAAAGGGCAGUGUGUUGGGUUGAUUUUUUUUUUUCCUGACUUGCUUUUAAGCAUUUUAUACUGCAUUCCAGAGUACUGUAGACUUAGCUAUUUUCCUAUGAAUCUGUCAUCCUGUUGACAAAGUGGACAGUGCUUUGUCCUGGGGUUUUCCUAGUAGCAGCUGCGUGUGCUACCUCACACAGAAGGUGAGUGCAGGUGGAGACGAGCCUCUUGACAGAUUUCAUGAUGGCCUUUACUGUGAAGCUGAGCUCCAUCUUCAGGCAUGUUUCUGUUCUGAAAAGCAAGAUGAAGGAUGGUGCGCUGCCUUUCCCUAUAGUGACUGCAGUGUUAAAUCUUGGGUUUGACAAAUGUUAUCAGCUGAUCCAGAUAAAACAUCCCUGUUUGGGGAACUUCAGCCCAUGUUUCUAUAAAAGAAAAUACUUGAGGUUUUUGUAUUACCUUGAAUUCUUGCAGGCUAAAUUCAGUGACACGUAAUACAAUGAGUUAGAUUUGUUUGAAUAGUUUAUUUUUUUGCUGAAAAAUUUCAAUUUUGGCUCAAUUUGAUAUGGGAAGAAACCCAAAGUAUUUGGAUUAGAACCAAAUCUGAUGCUUCACCCACAAGCACUUUCAACUCCUGCAUUGGAGGCUUCCCUCCUGGACUGUGCGCUGCGGUACCAACCCAUCUUUGCCCAUUGUGCAUUGCAUAGCCUGUGUACGUGCAGAAACACUCCUAAAACAGUUAAAAUCUUAUCUCUCAGUUACCUUACCCCUGUGGUGAUUUGGAUCCCAUUAAUAUGUUAAUUAAACACUAGAUGCUUACAGAACUGAAACAUCACAUUGUCUUUUGACUAGUUUGUGAAAGUGGAGCAGGAAAUUACAGGCUUCCUAGCCAGGAACUUUGAGAGCUGGGUUGAAACCCAGUGACACCUGCCGAGCAGUGGAGGGACAGAGUACCUGCUCGCCAUGCCUGCACUGUGGCAUGCUGCUGCUUGUUUGUAGGUAGUGUUCAUUGUCAAUAAUCUAAAGUUGUCCUCUGUAUUUACCUGUACUAAAGUAACUGUAAACUAAUGGAACCUACAAGAACUUUUCUGUAUUUAGGAGCUUUUGUACAGCAAGGUCAAAUGUCCUGAAUGAAGGAAGACAUGGUGUUACCCAUACACAAGGGAAAAAAGCUGAAAUGAGUUAACUGUUGUUGCGUUAGCUGUCUGUUGAAUUGGGAAGCUGUGGCAUAGAUCUUAAAUUUGUGUUCUCAAAUGUGAAUUGUAGUCUAAUGCUGCUUUGUAUAGACUGUAAGUGCUACGGAUAGUCUCAGCACUGAACAUGCAUCGAUACCUCGCAGAUGAAUGCAGCUUUUGUCCUAGGUUUCCCUAUGCCUCAGCCAGGGUCUGAGUGCCAGAGAACUUGCUCAUCUGUUUGCUAGCGAGAUACUUCCUGCUUUUUCCUUUGUUGUCACAUAUCUUUAUGUUUGAAUUUGAAGUUUUACUACUGUUAAUUUAAGUAAAAUUUGUUCCGUGGAUAAAAUGGCAUUGCCAGUGAAAUCAACAGCCUCAUUCAUGUAGCUGCUGAAGUGACAUUUGUGUUCUGUGUUCAUGAACUUGCAAUGAAGCCGUGUUUCUGUUAAGAUACAAAGUGCGGCUUAGGCUUUAUUUCUGUUUAAUAAGGCUUUCUACCAUUGAUUAAAUGAAGGAAUGUAUCUUUUUGAAGAGAUUUAUAUUCUGUAAAUAAACCUCGGUUGUAACAAUAAAGUUGAGUUCUAACUAA